AUGUCCACGGAACACUUGCGCCAGGCCAUCGUGCAGAAGACGCUCUAUGUGAAGGCGUUCCAGCCUUUGCAAAAGGGUGAGAUCUCCAUCGUGCUGAACAGCCACUUCUACGAGCCAUACUCCGACUCGGAAGCCGAUGUUGAUGCGGCGCAACGAAGACUUGAGUUCUACGUCGGGCGGUUUGGCGAUCCCUUCUUCCUCGGGAAAGAUUACCCUGUUUCGAUGCGAAAGUUUCUAGGAGACAGGCUCCCCCGUUUCAGCACUGAAGAGCGUAACCUUCUUCGCGACACAGCUACUCUCAAUACAUUCUACGGCAUGAAUCACUACUCAACAAAGUUCGCCCGUGCCCUCCCUGAUCCUCCGGCCGAAGACGACUGGACAGGCAAUAUCGAGGAGGGAGCCGUCAACAGCGCAGGCCAAGAAAUAGGUCCAGUAUCACAGUUUCAGUGGCUCCGUGUCGCACCAAAUGGCUUCCGCAAGCUAUUGAACUGGGUUUGGGAGCGAUAUCAUCUACCUAUCAUCGUCACAGAGAACGGAUGUCUAUGUCCUAGAGAGCAAGAUCUGAAGGUUGCAAUUGACGACAAGUUUUGCGAGAGGUACUUCGGUCUAUAUCUCGAUGCCAUAUCACGAGCUAUAUACGACGACGGUGUUCCCGUUAAGGGCUACUACGUGUGGACGCUUAUGGACAACUUUGAAUGGUCGGCUGGAUAUCAGCCCAAGUUCGGUAUUGUUCAUGUUGACUUUAAAAACGGCUUGACGCGCACCCCAAAGAACUCGGCAAGGUACCUACGUGAGACUUUCUACAGAAGGAGACAGGGCUCUAAGAACUGA